GAUGUCUCAAGUGGCCAAAACAGAGACCACAGCGACAACAGCGACUGUAUGCCAGCAUCUCCCUGGCCUCGGUCGGCGUCAACGGUGUGGCGGCUCUAUGUGGCGGCAUGGUGGCUUGCACUCUCGUGUAGGCAGGCAUGUACACAGGAAGCGUGGUGGGGCGGUGCAGGCAGACAGAAAGUAUCGUGGUGCGGUGCAGGCGAGGUGGACAGAACAUCAAGUGCUUUACUCCUGAGGUGGCAGCCUGCUAUUCUAGCCUCAACACCGACUCUGUGCACGCACAAGGCUUGCACGACUCUGAGCAAGUGCUUUGGGAGCCAGCCUGCAUAGGAGUUGGCUGUGGGUGCCUUCUGUACAAGAGCAGGCACACUGUGCAAGCAAGCAUUCUGCGUAUUAAGAAGAAGCGUGUUGCUCUGAGGUUGAAGGUGCCAACCAUUCCACCAGCGCUUGAGUGCCCACUGCAUACUCCCAAUAAGGCCAGCGGUCCAGCCAAGCGUGCCUACGCUGUGCUGCGUGUUGUUGUGCGGCAGCUGCGGCAGCUGCUGGGGCCCACCAUCAUUGUGUGGGAGGCCCAGGUCGUGGCCGGUGCACGGUGGUUUGAUUUUUGGUUGCGGGGCUGGGGCGUGCUGGUGGAGGUGGAUGGCAGCCAGCACUCGUCUGACCUCAUGUACCGGAAGGAUAUUCGCCAGGAGAAGCGUGACAGGGCCAAGGAGGCCCUCGCCCUGGCGGCUGGCCGCACUGUUGUGCGGCUGGAUGAGGCGGAUGAGGAGCUAUGGCCACAGCUUCUGAAGGCGGCAUUGCAGCAUGGAGCCAGCACAUCACCGUGCGUGCCACGGAUUUACUACUCACCCUUCAACGUGCCCAAGAAGCCACCAUGCAAGGGGCACAAGUUGGACUCCGCAAGCGUCUCAGGCUUCUCUGGCCUGGAUGAGCUGGAGUUUACCACUCCUAUUGCUAAGGUAGCCAAGUAGUGGCAAACGGGGACUGACUGGAUAGACUGACAAAAGUUGUGUGUGAUGGUGUGCUGCUGUUUAGUGACACAGAUAAACCCGUAUGGAUUGGGAUGUUGACAGUACCAAACUGAUUACUCUGACAAUAUUGAUGAAUGGUGUGGACAGCAUGUCAGAUUUUGAUAGGUGACUGCUAGACACAAAGUCAGGUUGUGGAUAAAGGGAGCCAAUGGGCUGAGGGGUGUUUAGCCCAGGGUUGCAUAGUUCGUAGUACGCGUACUAUGUACUACAUACUGUACUACGUACUGUACGCUGCCCUCGUCGGGUAGUACGUUGGACAAGGGGUGUCAGCUUUGUACAGCUGGAAAAUGGGCUGAGCCCCCGUACGCUUGGGAGCUAAUAGGCGUGUAACGCCCCGUUAGA